AUGAGGACUGAUAUCGAUGGAUGUGAAGAUGUCAGAAGAUGGACUUUUGGAGUAAGAAGCUCCAGUAGACCUGUCAAAAACAUUCUUGUAGUUGGAGAAACAGGAACAGGGAAAACAACUUUCAUCAACACCUUGGUCAACUACCUGUUAGGGGUACAGUGGGGGGACAACAUCUGGUUUCAAAUUACACAGGAGGACAAGGAAAAGUCCCAGGCCAAAUCUCAAACGACUGCUAUUACAGUUUAUGAAGUGUUUGCGGAAAGUUCAUCUCUGAGGAUUAUCGACACACCAGGUUAUGGAUCUACUGAUGGGAUUGAUUUUGACCAGAUGGUGGCAGAAAAUUUGCACAGAUUGUUCCGAUCUGAAGAUGGCAUUCAUGAGAUAAGUGCUGUAGGUCUUGUGGUGAAAUCUGGUCAAAAUCGCCUCACAGAUUUUCAGCGUUACAUCUUCGAUGCUGUUCUCUCCCUGUUUGGAAAAGACAUAGAGAAGAACAUAGCAGUGUUGAUCACACAUUCCGAUGGAAUGCCUGAGGAUGAUGUAAUUUCUGCCCUGAAAGAAGCAGAUGUUCCAUGUGCCAAAGAUGUCAAUGGAGAGCCAGUCCAUUUCCAGUUCAACAACCGACAAUCCAAAGACCAUAAGGAGAAAGAAAAGAAGAAGUACCAGGAAGCGUGGGAGAGGGGAUACUGCAGUUUGGAGAGAUUUAUGAUCUUUUUGGAAAAGGCUGAUGUAAAAGAACUGAGUAUGACUGAGAAGGUGCUCAGAGAACGCAAACGUCUGGAGGCCUGUGUGAACAACAUACAAGACGCCAUCAGGAUGGAAGAACUGAAGCAGAAUCAGCUGCAGCAGACACAGAGGGCCUUGGAGGAAAACAUAGAAAAAAUGGGGAGAAAUGAAAAUUUCACCUAUGAGGUCGAGGAACCUUUCAAACAACUUGAGCCAAUCAACCUGCCUUGGAGGUAUUUGACCAAAAAGGCAACAUGCUGCACGAGAUGCGAGGAGAACUGCCACUAUCCAGGCUGUUGGUGGGUGAAAGACCUCGCUUGGUGCAGCGCCAUGAAAAACAACAGGUGCACUGUGUGUACCAGGAGGUGCCCUGUCUCUGAUCAUGUCAAACACAACAAGAUCUAUGUUCCAAGAAUUCGAAAAGUGAAGAAAACUGCUCAUGAUUUGCUAAAACAAUAUAACAAGCAAGUGGAUAUUCAGAAUGCACUUCAAGAAGAACUGUUCAAAUCUGAAGCUACAAAGAAGACGUUGUUGUUGCAGGCCUAUCAGUGCAUUGUCCAGCUUGAAGAGAUUGCAUUGAAGAAGGACUCCAUGUCCACUCUCAUUCAUCUUGACUUCCUGAUUGAAAAGAUGAAUGAGCUGGGAGAUGGUGAGAAAGUUGAGAAGCUGGUGCAUCUGAAUGAAAAAUAUCAAGCAGCAAACAGAAGCAGAUGGGUUUGGUGGGUUCCAGAAAGACUUCGGAAGGUGCAAGAGAAAGUCUCCACAUUCCUUGUCUCGUCAGACCAUUCUGCCUAGGACAUAACUCCAGAAGGCAUGCAUCAUGGGCACCACUAUAUUACAUCAGAAACUUGAGAGUUCAUGUUUGAGAUUCAUGGUAAUUGCAUUUGAAUGAUUUUAUUGGGAUUUUUUUGGGAUUGAGAUUUUUCCUUUUUUUUUGCUUAUGACCUGUUUGUCAUUGAUUUUUGCAGUGUAAGUUAGAAAUGUUGAGCCUCACACACUCGUAACCCUAAGUCCAAUCAACUCUCCCCCUCUUACUCUCAGCAAGACAAUGUGUCCUCAGUCAGUCUGUCCCUUUUUCUAUUUUACUCUUUUAUUAAUGCUUUGAGUAUACACGUACAAUAUAAUAGAAUGACAUACCUACAUAUAUAAUCAUAUUUCUACACUCAAAAUGGGUUGUUUGCAGCAAUUUGUUAUACGUAGAUUUCUAAAAGCGUGUCAAAUAUGAGAGACAUUCAAAUAGAAAUUGAUCACCAAACACAACUAUGUACUGCACACAGUGACGAAGUCCUGUAUUAAUGCCUGUUCAUCAGAGUAUCCAUUGUGAUACUGUGAUAUUGUGAUACUUUCUUAUGUUUGUCCACCUACAACCAAUAAAUAGAUA